UCAGUCAACAUCUAGGAAAAAAAAAUUGUACAAAUUUUUUUUAAAUAAAAAAUUUCCAUUUUGUAUUUUCGGUUUAACAAAAUUUUGAUAUUAUCAUUUCGGUAAAACAAAAUUCGAUAUGGAGAACGGAAACUACAAUGGUCCUGAAUUCGGCUGGGAGUACAGUCACGGCGGUCAAGGACAAGGCGGAAUGUCCAACUAUUCACAGAUGAAUCAGGGCGGCCGCCAGUGGCUGCACUCCAACCAGAACCACAACUUCAACCAGCAAGGCAUGUCCCAGGGUCAGGGUCAGGGUCAGUUUGCUUCGCCGCCAGAUCCUUUUGCCGAUUUCAAUAGCUCGAUGAUGUCCAAAUACGGCAACUACCAUCCAUCAGGUGGCAAGUCCGACAUGUAUGGUUCCAUGGUGCACGGUGGGGGCCAGGAAAUGGGCCAAGACAUGAGCAACGGCAUGGGUGGCAUGGGUGGUGGUGGAGCGAGUGUUUCUCCCCGCAUGUACGGUGGUGGUGGCGGCGGCUUCAAUGGUGGAUCCCACAAUGGUCUCGGCGAUCCCGCAGGCGGACGGGGCCAAAACAACGGCACAAGUUGGUUCUAAGUAGCUUCUCUCUCUCACGCACUAUCCCUUCACAAAUUUGGCUUAUAAAUAUUUUGGAAUUUGGCUAAAUACACCAAACGAAACGUUAUGUACGAUCAAAA